AUGGCUCCCACAACGUCCCAUCAGCGCUAUCCUCCCUUCCCUGACGCCGAUGUGGAGACUGCACCACUAGUAUCAGUCUCUCUACGAAAGCUGGAAGACAGCAAUGGACCAGAAUCGCAAGCCUUCUUCGAUGCCUCAAGAAAUCUAGGGUUCUUCUACCUUAACACAGAGGGUUCGAAGCUUGGAGAUGCUCUGGUCUCUGAAGCAGAGCAACUCCAUGAACUCGAGAAGCAAUUCUUCAAGCUCAGCAAUGGUGAGAAAGAAGAGGUCGCGAGAGAGAAACUCGAUCCUUUCUUUGGCUAUCGUCAUGGUGAUAUCGACCUUAAGGACGAUAACGGUACCAAGAGGAGAAAUGAAUCCUACAAUAGUCCAAAGAUGCGCAAGGACGACUUCGUUGGCAAUUGUAAAGCCUUGCCACAUCCUCAGCUAAUCAAGGACAACUGGCCGCUGCUGCAAUCGUACACCGGCCACUGUCGUGAAGCCAUUGAUCUCAUGCUCACGCACUACGAAGUUCAUCUUCAGCUUCCCAUAGGAACACUUGCAAACCUGCAUCGGAUCGGUGAGAGAUCAGGCGACCAUGUACGCUUCAAUCAGUCUGCUGUGCAGCCUUUCACCGAAGGAGCGGCGAGGCAAGGAGAGCAUACCGACUUUGGCACGCUGACUAUCUUGGCCAAUUGGCUUGGCGGCUUACAGAUCCGCUUGCCCGGUACGGGCCAGUGGACGUACGUUAAGCCUGUGCCUGGUCUCUUGGUCGUGAAUCUUGGUGAUGCUCUGGUCAAGUUUACAGCUGGUCUACUACGAUCGAAUGUGCAUCGCGUGGUCCCGCCACCAUCACCGCAAGAUGGGCUUACUCGUAACAGUCUGGUGUACUUCUCUCGGCCUGAAGAUACCGUGAUACUGCGAAGGUUGAAGGGCGGCUUGAUCGAUCAGCAGCCAUACAGCAAUGAGCCCGAGCCCGAGAUGACGAGCCAGGAGUGGAUACAGCGACGAUCGCUGGGUGAUUUGAAAGGUGUGUAUACGCACUCUGGUGGGUUGGAGUCCAGGAUGCAAUCUGUGGCAGGCCGCGUAUAG